CCUGAUCUGUGCUUAGCUUGGUACCACAUCUUGAGGUUAGAGGUUGUCAACUUUCUAGAACGUCACUUGAGUAUGAGCUUCUCAGUCCACAUCAACAAAUUUCAUCAAUAAAUAUGAAGCUGUCUUCGAGCUUUCUUUUGCCAUUACUGGCCAGUACAGCUUGUGCCGCAUCAGAUUCCGCCCGUGCUUAUAUCUUCGAAAGCCAUCAAUGGCCAAAUAACUUAGCAUCACCUCCAGCUCUUUCCCCCAAUGAAGCACGACUCGUCCUCGCACAACGAUUAGGUGUAUCACAAUUCCAUGAUGUUGGGUCGGUUGAUACUAAUGUCAUUAAUCAUAUCAACAAGUUUGGAGGACAAGGACAGCUGAAAUCCUUGUUCAAAGAUGCGCCAAAGGAUAGGGCAGCUGAGUUGGUUAUGAUUAUUGAGGGUGUAUCAGAAGAGACGGCUGCGCCACUAUUAAAUGCUUGGUCUUCUAUCAAACCGGCAUUCACAAUCUCAAAUCCACCCUCAGUUAGGACGACCCAAAAGUUAGCAGAUGAUUUGGAGCUUCAGGUCGGUGGAGCAAAGAAAUGCACACUUGACGAUGCUAUCAAUCCAUUCGCAGACAAAUGUUGGAAUGGAAAAUCGAAGAUCAUGCACAUUGACUUGAAUAGGCAAUCAAAGGUAUGGGUAAUGCGCUAUCUAUACAGGGACUGUCUGGCUAAUAAUGGGGUAGAAUAAGGAUUUCAUCAAUACAUCUUUCGAACGAUUAACCAAAUUCGCGUCUAAAGCAGAAAUGAAUGUACUCGUCAUUCUUAUGCCUGAUUCCCGCAGAGGCAGUGGCUCUUAUGGCUCUUACGUUCGACCUUCGCAAAAGAAGCUCUCCAGCAGACAACAGUUCGAAGAACCGAUGUCCGAGUUUGUCGGCCAUCAAGUACAGGAAGCACCCAGUUCCAAUUCUUCCUAUAAGAACAAUACCUUCAUAAAGACAACACUCCCUGUCUGCCACGCCUCUUUGGAUUCCUGUAUCUCAUCUACAAACAACUGCUCGUCAAUGGGUGCUUGCUACAAAAAAUUCACGUCCCAAUCCGGUGAUUGUUUUGCCUGUAGAUGCGGUGCCGAUUCUGGCCGUGGAGGAUCUGCUUGUCAAAAAAGAGAUAUCAGUGGUCCUUUCUGGUUGAUCUUUAUCUCCAGUCUCGUUCUAGUCGGGCUUGUUUCUUGGGGAAUUGGCAUGUUGUAUAGCAUUGGUGAUGAAAAAUUACCUGGUGUUAUUGGUGCUGGUGUUUCUUCCAACAAGGCGAGAUAAUAAUUUAUGAAUUCUAGAAUAUAUGUACGCUAGGGUUGAAGACUGGAAUUUGAGGGCUUGCAUUUGGUCAUGGUUGGCGUUCACACGAAGAAGGGAGAGAUGAAGAAACCUGUAUUAGUUUGUUUGGGCUGUAUAGUGGCCGGUGUACAGACACGGGCUUGUCACUUAUUUAUAGCAAUGAAAUUUUAUUAGAAUCCAUAAACCUUUCGAG